AUGAAUGCAGGUCGCCUGCGUUCAUAUUCUAUCACACGAAGGUCCGGAGAAGCUGAAGCGAUUCAGAUAGUGAUAGGGGUAGAGAUAGGAGGAGAAGAGAAAGAGAAAGAGAGAGGGAGAAAGAGGAGUAGAAGUGAUUCUUCUGGUCAACAACGUAGGUCUGAGGUGAGAACAAAUGAUGUUAGAGAAAGAAGGAAAAUGAGUGAAUUGAGGAAAGGGAAGAAUGUUGGGGUUGAUUAUGGGAAGUUGAUUGAAGGUUAUGAUAAUAUGGCACCUGCUGAAAGAUUUAUCGAGAUUGUGUUAAUUGUCUUUUAUUUGAUACUUUCAAAUGCAGCUGCACGGGAUGCAGAAAGAGGCGUGCGCUGGGAGCGAUUUGAGUUCAACAAGGAUUCCCCUCUUGAUGAUGAGGAAAUUGAAGUUGUCGAAGAUGAUGCAUCCUUAGUCAAACAGUUUCCGGUUUUCCUCAUUUGA